UUGUUGAGUGAGUCGCACUUUCGGGGACUUGGAGAGCAGAGCUCGGCUUUGUUGAAGACACGACCGUCUGUUGUGAGAAGCAUUUUAUUCAUGACGGCUUUUUAAACUUGAGACAUUUUCCGAACCUACAGACUCCAGCAAAAACACCCCCUUUGAAAGCGGCCAUCAUGUCUGGUGAAGAGGGUCCAGCUCAGCAGCAAGAACCGGAGCAGGUGAAGAAGCCAGAUGAACCUCCACCGGCUGAAGCCGCUGAAGCCAAGCCGGAGUCAAGCAGCAGCAGCCCGGCUGCAGCCGAGGAGGAGCAGCCCAUCUCCUACCGAGCUCUGGUUCUCACCGGGUACGGCGGCUACGACAAGAUCAAGCUGCAGGUGAAGAGCAUGAAGAAGUCGCAGUUGAAGGCUGGAGAGGUCCUUGUUCGGGUCAAGGCGUGUGGUCUGAACUUCGCCGAGCUGCUGGGGAGGCAGGGGCUGUACGAUCUGCUGCCAGCCCCGCCCGUCACCAUGGGGAUGGAGGGCUCCGGGGUGAUCGAGGCGGUGGCGGAGGAUGUGACGGAUAGAAAAGUCGGAGAUCGUGUCAUCGCCAUGAAGCGCCACGGCAUGUGGCAGGAAGUAGCGGUGGUGCCCGCCAACCGCACCUUCCCCAUUCCAGAGGCGAUGAGCUUUGAGGAAGCGGCUGCUCUCCCUAUCAACUACAUGACAGCCUACAUGAUGCUCUUUGAGAUGGCCAAUCUCAGGCCAGGCAAAAGCGUUUUGAUUCACAUGGCUGCUGGUGGUGUGGGUAUUGCUGCUACCCAGCUGUGUCAGACCGUGCAGGAUGUGACGAUUUUUGGCACAGCGUCGGCUUCCAAACACGAGACCAUCAGCCAAGGCGGUGUUACUCACCCCAUCGACUACCGAACCAAAGACUAUGUGACUGAAAUACGAAAAAUUAACCCAAAGGGUGUGGAUAUCGUCCUGGACCCCCUUGGUGGUGCUGACACUCAAAAAGGCUUUGGUUUGCUUAAACCUCUAGGCAUGCUUAUAGUCUUUGGUACUGCCAACUGUGUGACAGGCCAGAAGAAGAACCUGCUGGCUAUGGCAAAGACCUGGUACAACCAGCUCACCCUCAACACCCUGAAACUAAUGCAAACCAACAAGGCCAUCGCUGGCUUCCACCUGGGCUACAUUACAGAUGAGGAGCUCUUUGAGAGAACUCUGGUUAAGCUGCUGGAGCUGUACCAGCAGGGGAAGAUCAAGCCACGCAUUGACUCCUGCUAUCAUUUUGAGGAGGUCACUGAAGCCAUGAAGCGAAUGCACGAUCGUCAAAAUAUCGGAAAAGUCAUACUUAUUCCCGAGCCUAAGAAGAGUGAAGAGAAGCCGCAUUCCAAUGCAGAGGAGGCGGAAAAUGUGGGGAAAAAUGAAGCUGCCGUCAGCGACCAGAAAGAGGAGGCUGCAGUGGAAGUUGAAGCAGAAAAGGAUUAAGUAAGAGUUCAUUUUAGUGGCAUUUCCAGCACUCCAUCCACAAAUCUGUCCUUUUUUUAGGAAAAAAAAAGGAGAAAAAAAA